AUGGGAUGCUCAGGAAAUUCCUUUGGAUCUAGUGUCAUCAAGAUGGAGUUGUGGAGUAUAUGGAAAGGUUUGGCUUGGGCUUGGGAGGCGGGUCUUAAGCUUGUUGUCUGUGAGACAGAUUGCGCAUCAGCUUUUGAGCUAGUGACUAGUUGGCAAGUUUCACUCUGGCAUCUUGAAAAAGAAGUGAUACAACAGAUAUUUGACUUGAAGUUAAGAAGGGAUUGGGAUAUUCGUUUUGAACUUAUCCCAAGAGAAGCUAAUGUCGUGGCAGAUCGGUUGGCAAAGAUGGGAUCUGGAGGUAGCGGAGCUGAUGAGGUUCACCUUUGGCACCAGCCACCAGAGGUGGUUUGUCCUCUCUUGCUGUUAAGAACCUGA